CAACAACAACAACAACCCAAAAAAAGCAAAAAAAGAAAAGAAGAGGACGACCAACCAACACAACUGACAUUCCACGGACAAAAUUAACAUAUAUUUUUUUAAUUAAUGUUUGUAUCUUUCACGCGCACCCGACUCCAUUUGUAAAAGAAGCAAAUAAAGAAUGAAUUAUCUCCCGCUUCCACGAAAUCACUCUUCGUUCCUCCUCUACCACGUGAAAAAAGUGUUUUUUUUCCAUAAAACCCCUCUUCCUUUUUCUUCUCACUGCCCCACUCCACUCCUUUCUCGGAAAAUUUCUUCAAAGUUUUCUUUCUUUCCAUAAAACUGUAAAUGAAAAAUUAAAUUCUACCAAACUUUGAAUUUUUGUUUCUCUUAUUUUUAUUUUUACACCCGUAAAUUACCAUAAUCCGAUUCCUUUGUUCUUUUUUGCUCGUAAAAAAAAUUUUAGUCGAUCGGUACCCCUAUGGAAACCGCUAUAAUUAAGAAAAACAAUCUGGAUUUCCAUGUCAACUCCACCACCAACUCUAACUCUCACUCUCACUCUCCAACCUUUCUCUUCCACGACGGUGGCUUAGACUCCCCGGAGUUCAAAGUCUCCGAUAUCGAGAUGAUCACCAUCCAAUCCCUCACCUAUACCAGUCUCAAAGACCUCUUGCCGCCCUCACCUCCGCCGGCCAUCAUGUCUCCCACCCACAAUUCCAGCUGGCACGAGAUUCCGAUCAGGAAUCCGCUCGUUAAGCACGCGGCUCUUGCUUAUCUCCAGCCUAUGUCUACUCCGACGGAGGCUGAUGAUAAAGGACUGUUUGGUAAGCUUAAGGACAAGUGCUUAUGUGGCGCUGCUGGUGGUGGUUUUGGUUGCUUUGGAUGGCUCGGCGACGUCGUUUUGAUUGCCGUUAAGGUUGUCUUUUGUGGAUUUUGGAAUGAUAGAGGGUCUGAAAAUGGCGAGGAUGAUGGUGAUGAUGAUGAUGAUGAUGAUGAUGAUUAUGAUGAAGACGAUGAAGAUGAUCAGAAGGUUGACUGAUUUUGACUGGUAGAUGCAGAAAAAGGGGAUUAGAUUUUGAGAGAGGAUUCUAUUUGUAAAUUUCAUUCUACUUUUUUUUUUUAAAAUAUUUUUUUAAUUUUUUUAUUGGGUGGUUAAUUUUGUAAAUAGUAUAGAGAUUUCUUCAUUUUUGGUGUAUAAGAAGUUUGUAGAAAUGAAAAUUGUUACAAGUGUUUUGUGAUUUUGUAUUA